AUGACCACGACUACAUCUAGAUCUAAUGCCAAUGUUGCCGCCAAAGAAAUUCCUUAUUUCACGCCUGCUCAAGAUAUUCCUGCAGGAAGUUCGACAUCAGAAGGAAACCACAAUUUGCCAGUGUUGUUUCAGCCAAUCCAAAUCCGAGGGGUGCGAUUCCAGAAUAGAAUAUGGGUCUCGCCAAUGUGCCAAUACUCAGCAGAGAAUGGACACCCCACCCCAUGGCAUCUUGCUCAUCUUGGCGGAAUCUUUAUCCGGGGUCCGGGGCAUACUAUGAUUGAAGCUACCGCUGUCCUCCCUAAUGGUCGUAUCACUCCUGAAGACGUCGGGAUCUGGUCGGACGAUCAUAUCCCCACUCUUAAAACCCUUGUGACAUUCGCACAUUCUCAGUCUCAAAAAAUAGGCAUUCAACUCGCCCAUGCUGGCCGGAAAGCUUCCACUGUCGCACCGUGGAUUCAAGGUAAUCCUACGGCAUCUAAGGAUGUUGGUGGUUGGCCGGAUAAUACAUGGGCACCAUCCGCCAUUCCAUACCAAGAUGAUUUCCCUCAUCCAGUCACAAUGACGAUUGAUAAUAUCAAGGAGCUUGUUGACGCAUUCGAAGCGGGGGCCAAACGAUCUAUAGAAGCAGGAUUUGACGUUGUUGAAAUCCAUGCAGCUCAUGGAUAUUUAUUGACUGAGUUUCUCUGCCCUACGAGCAACAAGCGGACAGAUGAAUACGGCGGUUCUUUUGAGAAUAGGCUUCGAUGUUCCAGAAUUUCUGCCACUGAGUGGCUGGAGCAAUCGUCCCCCAAUGAACCGUCAUGGCGGCCCGAGGAUACCGCACAGUUUGCUCCCAUCCUAUACCAGCACGGUAUUGACUUGAUAGACGUGUCAUCUGGUGGAAAUAGCCCUAAGCAGAAGGUAAUUGGAGGACCUGGCUAUCAAGCACCGUUUUCAAAGGCUGUUAUGCAAGCUAUGCAUGCGACCUCUCCAUAUCUUCCGCCUACAAUGCACAACACGCUUGGAGGUCCGCCUUCGCGGCUAGUGGUCGGCACGGUUGGAGGCAUUACGUCCGGGAUCCAAGCCAAUAAGCUCCUUGAAGACGGGUAUGCUGACGUCGUUGCUGUUGGUCGACACUUUUUGCGGGACCCAAGUCUUGUCUGGAGUUGGGCCGAGGAAUUCGGAGAUGUGGAUAUUCGCCUUGCUAAUCAAAUCAGAUGGUGUUUCCAGGGACGUGGGAAGAAAACAGGCGCCGGCAAGGCCAGUGGUACGCAGUCGACUAAAUCGUAG